CCCCGUUUUGGGGAGCAGUUGGUACAGUCCGCUGAGUGGUGACGCGGCCGCUCGGUUGCUGGCGGUUCUGUCGUGGUCAGCUGUGCGGGUCACGUGAUCCGGGGUAUAGCUCUGGGACAACAUGGCGGCUACCGACCAGCUGCAAUUCCAAGAGUUCGAUGAGGCGGCGGACCUUUUAGCUGCAACUCCCAACGCCACCACCAGGAGCGCCAGUGCGGAGAGCCGACCCCAGCAUGCCACACUACACAUGGGAGGCGACAGCGAGGAGGAGGGCGAGACGGACCAGACUGAGCUCCUCGCUCCGCAGAAGAAAGCUUCUGGCUUCUGGACCUUCCAGUACUACCAGGACCUCUUCGAUGUGGACACUGCCCAGGUCCUGGACAGGAUCAGAGCGUCCUUCAUACCCAUGCCCGGAAAAAACUUUGUCAGACAUCACCUCCGAAACAAUCCAGACCUGUACGGACCGUUCUGGAUUUGCGCCACGCUGGUGAUCACAGUCACAGUGGUGGGGAACCUGGCGACGUUUAUUGAGAUGAACGGCAAACAGGGCUACAACUACAGCCCCCAAUUCCACAAAGUUACAGUCGCUGGCAUCAUCAUCUACAGCUACGCCUGGCUGGUGCCCUUAGCUCUCUGGGGCUUUCUUCAGUGGCGGAAAGGGGUGAACACAGUGGUGGGCACCUACAGUUUUAUGGAGACAGUGUGUGUUUAUGGAUACUCCUUGUCUGCAUACAUCCCAUCCACGGUUCUGUGUGUACUUCCAUAUGAGAUAUUCCGCUGGAUCAUCCUCCUGGUGGCCAUGUGUCUCUCGGGCUUUGUUCUUGUUCUCGCUUUUUGGCCACACGUUCGAAAAGAUAACAAAAUGGUGGCCAUUGGCAUGCUAGCAAGUAUAGUACUGCUGCACGUUCUCCUGGCUGUGGGCUGCAAGGAAUAUUUCUUCCGGAGAGUGGAAGCAGAGACCCUGUCACCACCUAUAACAACUCCAAAGGGCCACAUCACCACACAAAAGGUGUGAGGGCCCCCGUGUGUAUGGACUGAGCGAGCCUGGCCUGUUGUAAGGUCAUACAGAUGGGGACCAUUGCAUCUCCUCUAUUUUUAUUCACGGAUGUAGAAAUUAUUGUUCUCUUAAUAAAGAAUGCUGCUUUUCUCAUGUAUAUCUCAUUGA